AUGGGAAGACAUCCCAGAAGGCGAAUGCCAAUAGAAGGCGCCGAUGGAGCAAUCUCUCAACCGCCCUCAUUACUCACCCUCCCAGCAGAAGUACGAUUCAUGAUCUGGGAAGCCGUCGCCACUUGUUCAGGACCAAUCCUCGUAUGUGCAGAGUCUCUCACAUUUGGUCCACUAGAGCAAGUUGCGAGAUUCAGCUUUGCUAUUCCCCCUCCGGUACUCACCAACAAACAACGCAAACUUCGCUCUUCGAAAGCUAAAGCUAAACUGACUGCCAAUCCACUCAUCUGGCUUCUCACAAACCGCCAAAUCUACGCCGAAGCCCGGUCCGUUUUUUAUGCAAACAUAUGUCUCGCGUUUGACAAUGUGUUUUGCCUGUCGGCAUUCAUGUUCCAGUCACCAGAGACUUUUAUCAAGCCGUCGAUGGUGCGGUCGCUAUCGUUAGACCUACAACUGGCUAUCAAUGCAGACACCCGCAACAAGUUCAUACCUCCUUUUUCAAACCACUGCAAGUUCUCUUUCUCUAAAUCCGUAAACCACGGGUGGGAAAUAAUGAUGAGGAACCCCGAUGAUUGGUGGGGAGGACGAUAUAUAUGCAAGUGUCCGUUUUGUCUCGCGCCUAGUAGCAGUGCACUAGCAAAUGGUGCUGACUACUUCACCGGCCUGCGUGAACUGCGGUUGCAGAUAAGAUUCGGCUGCAGUCAUGGGCCGGCAAACGAGUGGGAAAUGAUUAGGCAGUGUUGUGAUCCGCAGCGGUUUCGCACUGGAGGACAAUACUUUGGGAAGUUGGGGCAGCUGAUGGACUCAGAUUCCCUAGUGUGUAAGGAUAGCAGCGAGAAAAUCGCGGAUUUUGCCAAGUGGAUUUGUACGCAGGUGCCGCUACGGGUUUUCUCAAAAUUGAAGCUGGAUGCUGUCGACGUGCAGUUCAAUGUGGAGAGAAUUGAACGUAGUCCGCUAGUUAUCCAUGAGUAUCAACGUGGGAAUGAUAGAUGCUGGUGCGAUAAUCACAAGGUUGAUAAGGAGAGCAUAGAGAGUUGUGGGUUUGCAGAGGAACUUAAAAGACGGUUGAUGAAUGGAGAUUCUGAAGAGGACGGUUGA